AUGGAAUGCUUUUGUCCAUAUGGGACAAAUAUUGAGGCCGUGAUCCAGCUGUUGCCUCUUUUCGGGCAGAAGAAAGAGCUCAUAGGAUAUUUGAAAAGCAAGGAGACCGAAGGCUUGACCUGGACUGGCAUUGCCACUUCCGGCUUGUUUGAUUGGGAAGGGCUUCUUAAUCGCACGGCCACCAUCUGGGAUGGCGGCCACAAGAGCUUCACUCUCAUCAAUGAGAGGCCUCUUGGUCAAGCAGUCGUCUCUGCCCUGCAGAAUCCCGAGCAAACCAGAAACCAGUACCUAUAUGUCGCCUCCGUGGAGACCAGUCAGCAGGAAAUCCUUGCAGCGCUGGAGAAGGUGACCGGAGGCAAAUGGACGGUUAAUAAGACCACAACUGAGGCCCAGCUUACCGCGGCGGCGAAGAAGCUCACUGUAGGUGAUUUCAACGGUACCUUCAUCUUGGUUCGAGCGACUAUUUUUGGCAACAUGCCUGGGGUUAACGCGAACUACGCGAAGGAGACUGUGCUUGCGAAUGACCUUCUUGGUUUAAAGCUAGAGACUGUGGAGGAAACCGUCAACCAAGCUGCGAACAAUUAG